UUCAUUUACAAGAAUCAGAGCAAGAAUUGGAGUUGAAAAGAGAGAGAGAAAUCAUGAGUCGUAGAAACCAGCGAUUUUAUACCCUUCAGUUCGAUGGUGCAUGCAGUGGAAACCCUGGACCAGCUGGUGCAGGAGCUGUCCUGCUUGAUCAAGAUGGGAGUCUGCUGUAUCGUUUCCGCGAAGGGCUGGGAUAUCAAACAAACAAUGCUGCUGAGUAUCGCGCAUUAAUUUUAGGACUGGAGCAAGCGAUAAAGAAAGGAUGUGUGAACAUCAAUGUCCAAGGAGACUCUCAGCUUGUUAUCAAUCAGUUUCAAGGUUCCUGGAGAAUUAACAAUCCGCAUCUAAGGAGCUUAUGUGAUGAAGCUUUGGAGCUGAGGGAUAACUUUCGCUCAUUUAGCAUUCAGCACAUUUCUAGGGACUCUAACACUAGAGCUGAUGCUCAAGCAAACCGGGCCAUUUCUCUCCAAGAGGGUAAAGUUGAAGAAGAUCGUCUCUGUUAAUGAUCAUCUUGAAAGCAUGCUACUGUCAAAAACUAUUGGAAACUAUUUUACAUUUCUGUCUGGCAAUUUAGUAUGUCAAAAGUCAAAUGCUAUUAGCAAUAUUGUCAAUUUGCAUAUGCCUGUUAGAAUAGAUGUUCAUGACCAUUAGCAUCUUAAGAACUUAAAAGUGUAGUUGUGAUG